CUCACAUUUAAGGUUUAAUCAAAAUAAGUCUUGAAAUAAAUCUAAAAUCGGUUCUCGUCAUUAUGAGCGACUAUAAGUACAUGAGUGGUUUUGACUCACAUUUUUCUUCGGAAGAUGAACGUUGUCCAAAUGCCUUACCAGAAGCUCAAAAUUCUCCACAGAAAUGUCCAUAUGAUUUAUAUGCCGAACAAUUGUCUGGGACAGCAUUUACUGCGCCACGAAAAGAGAAUGCACGAACAUGGCUAUAUAGAAUACGUCCAAGUGCAGUGCACGAGCCAUUUGUGCCAUUUAAAAAUAAUAAGUUUUUGAGUCAUAAUUGGGAUGAACACGAACCAAACCCAAAUCAGAUGCGUUGGAAGCCCUUUGAUUUCCCCUCUUCAACGGCGAGAGUAAAUAUUGUGGAAGGUUUGCAUACGAUUUGCGGUGCAGGAGAUGCACGCAGUCGUCAUGGACUUGCCGUACACAUUUAUCUCUGUAAUGCUUCAAUGGAGAAUGCAGCUUUUUAUAAUAGUGAUGGAGAUUUUCUUAUUGUACCUCAGGAAGGAAUACUGGAUAUUGUUACUGAAUUCGGUAAAAUGAGCGUAGCACCUAAUGAAAUAUGUGUCAUUCCGCAGGGCAUACGCUUCGCUGUUAAUGUUGUAGGACCUACUAGAGGUUAUAUAUUAGAAGUUUACGAUAAUCAUUUUCAUCUACCCGAUCUCGGCCCAAUUGGUGCCAAUGGUUUAGCUAAUCCACGUGAUUUUCUUACACCAGUAGCAUGGUUUGAAGAUCGUGAAGUUAAAAAUUUUCAGGUGUUAACAAAAUAUCAAGGGGUUUUAUUUUCGGCUUCACAGAAACAUUCUGCCUUUGAUGUUGUUGCUUGGCAUGGCAACUAUGUUCCAUAUAAAUAUGAUUUAGCUAAAUUUAAUGUCAUUAAUUCAGUGAGUUAUGAUCACUGCGAUCCCAGUAUAUUCACAGUUCUUACAUGUCCAAGUUCACGGUAUGGAACAGCUAUUGCCGAUUUUGUUAUAUUUCCUCCAAGAUGGUCUGUGCAGGAGCAUACAUUCCGUCCGCCAUAUUAUCAUCGUAAUUGCAUGAGUGAAUUUAUGGGCCUUAUUUUGGGUAAAUAUGAAGCCAAAGAAGAAGGUUUCAUGGCCGGAGGUGCUACUUUACAUUCAAUGAUGACACCUCAUGGACCUGAUUACAAAUGCUUUGAUGGUGCGUCUAAUGCAAAAUUGGUACCUGAAAGAGUUGCUGAGGGAACACAGGCAUUUAUGUUCGAGUCUUCGUUGAGUAUGGCAGUUACAAAAUGGGGUCAAGAAACUUGUCAAAAAUUGGAUGCUAAAUAUUAUGAGUGCUGGCAGGCUUUAAAGAAAAAUUUUAAAAUAUCAAAUUAAUAUUAUUUCUCAUUAUAUA